GGGAGAAACAUAGCGAUGAUUUCAAAGCGGGUGAUCGCUACUCCUGUAUUUAUUUUCCGUGCGUUCGAUCAUCUUUUCCUGAUCGGUUCAUUCGUCGUGUUCCUCUCGUCGGCUCGCGCUGGUGGACUAGUGGAAGGACAGGGAAGCACAACUGGCAAGCGGAAGCCGUGGCGCAGAUAUAUGGAGGAGGAAGAAUGAAGGAUCCCAACGGUGGGUGAGGCACUGAAUCGAGGCAGAAGUAUGGCGUCGUCGCCGCCGCCGCGGCGCGUGUGCGUGACCGGAGGCGGCGGGUUCAUCGCCUCGUGGCUCGUCAAGCUCCUCCUCUCCCGCGGAUACGCCGUGCACGCCACCGUCCGCGACCCAAGUGAUCCCAAGAACGCCCACCUGCGGCGGCUGGAGGGAGCUCCGGAGAGCCUGCUCCUGUUCACGGCCGACGUGCUCGACCAGGACGCGCUGGCGGCCGCGGUCGCCGGGUGCGAGGGGGUCUUCCACGUCGCCUCCCCUGUGCCCGCAGAUAAGGUCCUCGAUCCUGAGUCAGAGGUACUGGCUCCUGCUGUCAAGGGCACUCUGAAUGUUCUUCAGGCUUGCUCGGCGAACAGUGUUCAGAAAGUUGUUGUGGUUUCAUCCACCGCUGCUGUUCAUUUUAAUCCGAAUUGGCCCCAAGGUAGAAUCAAAGAUGAGAGCUGCUGGUCAGACAGAAAUUUGUGCAUGAAGAAUGAGGACUGGUAUAGUGCUGCCAAGACAAUUGCUGAAGAGACAGCAUUGGAGUAUGGAGAGAAGAAUGGGCUGAUUAUUGUUACAGUUUGCCCCUGUAUCGUUUUAGGUCCACUGCUGCACCCCGUGGUCAAUACUACGAGUGAAUUCCUCAUCUACAUUAUAAAAGGAGGUCCUGGUGUGAUGAAAAACUUGCCCUGGAACAUAGUUGAUGUCCGGGACGUGGCUGAUGCUUUGCUUCUGGUAUACGAGAAAGCGGAAUCAUCUGGGAGAUACAUCUGUGCACCAGACCGGAUCAACACAAAAGACAUGGUGAACUUGUUGAAGAAGGCCUACCCUAACUACAGUUAUGUGAAGUGCGACGACAAGGACUAUGGAUCUGCAAUCUCGCGAGUUACAUCGGAGAAACUAACGAACCUAGGCUGGAUACCGAGGAAAAUGGAGGAAACUUUGUGCGACAGCGUUGAAUACUACGAGAAGGCAGGGCUUGUACAGGACGUGGAGGGCCGCCGCACCUGCCGUCUUCCUCAUAUUUUCCAUUUUGCUUCUGACAAAUGAAGCAGAGAUCUGCAUUAUAUCCACCACUUUUAUCUUAUUAUAAGCUCAGAACGUUAUUGAUGACAAUAUUGUAUUGCACGAUAAUUUUUUUUGGAAAUACGUAGGAGAAAUAUAUGUCGUUGUAUUUUA